AUGUCUGAGCGGCGGGAUUCCACUUGUCAGAAACAUGAACUGCCGAAAUCGUUACAAGGAACAGAGGACGCCGACUUCGUUUGGAGCAUGAUAACCGAUAGAUUCCCAAACGCUGCGCCUCUUUUAUGCGAGAUGGAGGCGGUGAUUGAUCGAGCAGAAGAUCUUCUACAACAGCUACGUGCACCAUGUCGUGAAAUCGAGACGUCAACCUCUUUCUGCACGCAUGACUCAGACGAGUCGACUGUAAUGAUGUCCGCCAGAGGGUCGUUGAUUACCGAGACCGAUGUCGUAGAGGAAAACGUUAAUAUCGAUAAAAACACGACAGAAACGCAGAUUUUUGAGAGUAGUAUUUACAAAGAAGAAGUUGAUUUGAACGGAGACAGUCAGAACUCGGUUCCUAGGGCACAGGACAUUGGAAGUCAGUCAAAUAACUCGUUCGUAGUUCAUUGUCCUACUGCAGGAAAAUACUAUAUUGAUAAAUCUACUUCUUCGAAUGCCGAAACAAGUACCGAUCAAACGGUGAAAGAGGUGCGCAGUUUGGAGGAAUGGGGUAAAAUAGUGGACAGCGCUAUGCGAGCAGUCAUUGGUAUUCAAAAUAUUUCUAAAACUAUUGAAACUUUUAUAGAGCAGAAAGAAUCCUGCAUAGUUCUGCAUCGUCAAGAAAUAUACGCGGACGUCGGCGAUUCGGUGAUGGAAAUCAAUUCUGAUCGGAGCCAAAAAUUAUACGAGCCCAAGGACGAUGCCGUAAAUGUUUCAUAUAAAGUAAAAAAAAAUUUGGGUAACGGAGACGAGAGUACACCGAAGGUUAAUCAACGGGCGCCGUUAAGCAUUCUAGAAGCGUUUGCAAGACGCUGUAAAAUACCAGUCGAAUACGAAUACAUAACAGACGGUCCACAUCGUUAUAAAUCGAACGUGUAUGUGAUACGUGGAAAUCUCGCUGGAUUCACUGCAACCUGCCGAGGCGAGAGCGAGGAAUCUACCAAAAACGAACUGGCCUCAAAAAUUCUGCAAAUGAUCGCGAAUCAACAGAUGAAGGACGAAAAACUCAAUGCACUCACAGAGCUUACAAACGAGGAAAUGAUAGAAGUACUUAAUCUGGGCCUGGACGGUAUAAAAGAAACAGCCCAGAAAAAGUUAUAUCAACUUUGUCUGGAGAAAGAAGAACCAGUUCCAAAGUACCAUAUAGACAAAGAGAAAACUUAUCAGGGUUUGGCUUACGUCGCUACUUGCUUUGCAUUAGGCUAUAUUUGCGAGGGUCGUGGCGUGAGGGAGUGUGUGGCCAAGAAAGCAGCCGCUGAUGAGUUGUACCAUCAGUAUUUCCAAGAUUAG